AAAUCCAGCUGCUUUCGUCGACAUGUAUUGCUGUCUCUUCCUGCAGGCUCCAACUUCGCAAUGAGACUAAUGGCGGAGAACUCUGCUAAGAUGAGGAAUCGUUACAUUCGUGGAAGGCGGCUUUCAUAACAUAAAAAACUGAGAUCGCCACCGAUUGCCAGCCCAGAUUGUUGACCUGUUGCUAGCGAUCUCUGUGAGACCACAAUGAAGUCAACCGUUGGCCUGCUAGCUGUGGUGGCCGCUUGCUUAUUCUCCGUUGGUGAUGCGGUAGUCCUGACCGCCUCGGCGGCGCCUACAGUCACGAUUGACUCUGGAGUGGUCGUCGGUGUCUCAACUUCUCCCGCCGGAGCAAGUGCGACAGUGAACAAAUACCUGGGAAUCCCUUUUGCGGCUUCACCGGUCCGUUUCGCCCCUGCAGUCAGGCCCACGCCAUGGAAGAAGCCUUUUCAAGCCACCAAAUACGGACCAGCAUGCUUUCAACAGUUUAAUUAUCCCGAAGCAUCGCGCAAUGCCUCGAUUGCAUGGUUCGAUACGCCUCCUCCGCCAGCAGGUGAGAGCGAGGACUGCUUGAACGUGAAUGUUUAUGUGCCUGGUUUACCUGGGAAGAACAAAACGGUCAUGGCCUGGAUUUAUGGCGGCAGUCUAAGGAUUGGAGCUAACUCUCUGCCCGACUACGAUGGCUCCUACUUCGCAGCAAACCAGGAUGUGAUCAUUGUUACACUAAACUACCGUACGAAUGUUUUCGGGUUUCCUAACACUGCGGAAAUACCAUUCACCGAAAGAAACCUUGGGUUCUUGGACCAGAGAUUUGCACUGGACUGGAUCCAGCGAAAUAUAGGAGCCUUCGGCGGCGACGCAAAGAAGGUCACUAUUUUCGGCGAAUCAGCUGGCGCCGGAAGUGUCGAUGUCCUAGUGACGAGCUUUGCAAAGAAUCCACCCUUCCGGGCGGCUAUCAUGGAGUCUGGACAGGCAACUUCUUACGUCAAUACAACGAACGCACCCACUGCGUGGCUUGCCUUAGCAGCCGCUCUAAAUUGUACCACCACGCAUCCCGAUUCGAAUCUGACGUGCAUACGAAAUCAGACCGCUUCGACGUUGAAGAACAUCAUAGAGCACCAGGCCCUGAUCUUUCGGCCAGUCACGGACAAUGUCACAGUCCUCCGCUACCCGGAAAACGCCCGUCUUAACAGGUCCGCAGCUAACGUACCGAUCAUGGCAGGCACGAACGCCAACGAAGCCACUCUCUUUGUUGUCGGCCAGACCAAUGCCAGUGCUUACCUGAGCGCUCUGUUGCCAUAUCAACCUGCCAUCAACAAUGCUAUACUUGCAUCAUAUCCCGGGUCUUCGGCCGAUCAGGUUCCUGAGAUUGUAACGGAUUUCACGUUUCAGUGCCCUGUAGGCAUAUUGACGAAUGACAGUCAAACGGCAGGAUUGCCGACUUGGAGAUACUAUUACAACGCGAGCUUUCCGAAUAUUAAUCUCACGGGCCUCCCAGAUGCGGGAGUCUUCCACAGCAGCGAGAUCAAGCUCGUGUAUGGCACUUACUCGCGGGUGGGUGCCACGGAAGAGGAGAAGGCGCUGAGUCACUAUAUACAGAUGGCAUGGGCGGAUUUUGCAAAGCAUCCUCAAGCUGGACCGGGCUGGGCACAAGUGCCUGCUGUCGCAGAGUUGGGCAGUAAUGGCAUGUUGAAGACGAUGACAACAGCUGCAGAUCUGGAUAGCAGAUGUGGGUUCUACCUUGAUGCCUACAAGGCUGCUGGCAUAGCUCCUACGAUCAAGAGCUAGACUGAUGUUGUGCUGGUGACUUGUCCAAGAGACAUCCCCUCAGAUCGCAGAUAUGUAAAGAGAUAUCCACCAAGCUAUGCCUGACACUCAUAGCCACUGUGGUGUGCACUGAGUGUGCUAGGCUCAAGGCCACUUCGUGCCCUGCU